AUGUUGCUGAGGUUCACUUGGAAGAAAUUAUUCAUUAUUUUGUGCACAUUUUUCGUCAUUUUUCAGUUUUCUGGGAAUUUUGAGCCGCUUUAUAGGUGAGCAAAACCACUUUUCUGGAUCAAAAUAUUGCGCUGAAAACGCUGGAAAAAUCAAUUUUCAGUGAUUUCCAGCAAUUCCAUGAGUUUCAGCACAAAAUUUCAGCCUAGAAACAUUUGUUUCAAUUAGCGCUCAUGGGGAUUCGAUCCCCUGGCCCUUCACUCUGCAGAAAAAAUCAAUUCUAGAUCAAAAUUUCGCGCUAAAAACGCUGGAAUUUCUUGUUUCCAGCGAUUUUCAGCAAUUUCAUGAUUUUCAGCACAAAAUUUCAGCCUAGAAACAUUUUUCAAAAAAAAUAUCUGCUCCCAUUGGGUUUCGAUCCGCUGACCUUUUGCAUGGAAAACAAAAACCUUCUAGAUCAGAAUUUCGCGCUGAAAACGCUGGAAAUACUAGUUUUCAGCGAUUUUCAGCAAUUCCAUGAGUUUCAGCACAAAAUUUCAGUCUAGAAACAUUUGUUUCAAUUAGCGCUCAUGGGGAUUCGAUCCCCUGGCCCUUCACUCUGCAGAAAAAAUCAAUUCUAGAUCAAAAUUUCGCGCUGAAAACGCUGGAAUUUCUUGUUUCCAGCGAUUUUCAGCAAUUUCAUGAUUUUCAGCACAAAAUUUCAGCCUAGAAACAUUUUUCAAAAAAAAUAUCUGCUCCCAUUGGGUUUCGAUCCGCUGACCUUUUGCAUGGAAAACAAAAACCUUCUAGAUCAGAUUUUCGAGCUGAAAACGCUGAAAUCCUAGUUUUCAGCGAUUUUCAGCAAUUUCACGAGUUUCAGCACAAAAUUUCAGCAUAGAAACAUUGUUUCAAUUAGCGCUCACGGGGAUUCGAUCCCCUGACCUUUCACUUCAUAAAAAAUCGCGUCUAGAUCAGAAUUUCACGCUGAAAACGCUGGAAAUCCUAGUUUCCAGUGAUUUUCAGCACAAAAUUUCAGCCUAGAAACAUUGUUUCAGUUAGUGCUCAAGGGGAUUCGAUCCCCUGACCUUUCACUUGGUGAAAAAUCGAGCCUAGAUCAAAAUUUCGCGUUAAAAAUUCUGGAAUUACUUGUUUCCAGUGAUUUUCAGCGAUUCCCCGAAUUUCAGCACAAAAUUUCAGUUUAGGAACAUUGUUUCAAUUAGCGCUCAUGGGGAUUCGAUCCCCUGACCUUUCACUUGAUAAAAAAUCGCGUCUAGACCAAAAUUUCACGCUGAAAACGCUGGAAAUCAUAGUUUUCAGCGAUUUUCAUCAAAAAAUCCGGUUUUUGCAGAGAAUACCUAAUCAAACGCGAAGUUCGUGACUUCAAAGCCUUCAUCACCUCCUCCUAUUAUUAUCCAAAAUCCCAAAGCUUAGGGGACAAUGCGUUAGCUCUAGUUAUGAAUUUAAAUGAUAAACGACAAUAUUGGUUUGGUGAAAAAUGGUAUGAACUUGAGAAAAAACCAUGGAUCACAAUAAGAUCUCGCAAUCUAACCACUUCGAAAAUCAUCUCAACACCUUAUGAAAGAGUGACGUCAGAUGGUGAUGCCUGCCUCCUGCCUACCGUAUUCCUAACCACCCAACUUCUACCAAACACAAUCUCUAUAGAACUUCUCAGUGAUGAUCAUCAAAAUGGCGUGUCUAUUCCAUUUUCCACUCCCCAAUCCACUAAUCAAUAUGAUUGUGUAGUUUGUAUAACUCCGAUUUUUGUCGCUGAAAAUUGGCAGACUUUUUUGUUUGCAAUGCAUAUUUACAAGAAAUUCGGAGCAUUUGUGAAUUUGUAUUAUAUAAGUUCUAUAGAUUCGUAUUUCGAUUUGAUUCGGAUUUAUGAGGAAUCGGGAUAUUUGACACUUCAACCAUGGAUUCCGAUUAAAUUGAUUGGGGUUGAGAAAAAUGAGUUGGAUGCUUAUGAACAAGUUGAGUGGAGGAAUCAGGUUGCGUCGAUGACUGAUUGUAUUUUGAAGUAUAAGGUGAGCAAUGGAAUAGGGGGGGGGGGAGUUCCGCGAGGCUUCCGCGUGGCAGUGUACGCGGAAGCUUGCGGUUUACACUCGCGCUUAACGCGCUCGAGUUUGCCACGUCAUAGCAAUCGGCGUGGCCGCUGAAGCGGAAGAAAGUGCCGCUUACGCGGAAGCUUGCGGUUUGUACUGAAAGUAUGCCACGUCAUAUCAAUCCACGUGGCCGCUGAAGCGGAAGAUAGUGCCGCUUACGCGGAAGCUUGCGGUUUACACUCGCGACUUGCGUCGCUCGGGAUACGGUAGGAGAACCUGCACAUCUAACUAGGGUUAGAUACGGUAUGUUCCUAUAAACUGAGCAAUCCUAACACUUUCUAGACCAGAAUUUCGCGCUGAAAACGCUGGAAUUCUCAGUUUCCAGUUAUUUUCAGCGAUUCCAUGAGUUUCAGCGCAAAAUUUCAGCCUAGAAACGUUUUUAAGAAAAUAAAAAUAUCAGCUCUCAUGGGGAAUCGAUCCCCAGACCUUUUAAUUCGGAAAAAAAAACAAUUCUGGAUCAGAAUUUCGCGCUGAAAACGGUGGAAUUCUCAGUUUCCAGUGAUUUUCAGCGAUUCCAUGAGUUUCAGCGCAAAAUUUCAGCCCAGAAACAUUUUUUUUCGAAAAAAAAUAUCAGCUCUCAUGGGGAAUCGAUCCCCAGACCUUUUAAUUCGGAAAAAACAAUUCUGGAUCAGAAUUUCGCGCUGAAAACGCUGGAAAUCCUAGUUUCCAGUGAUUUUCAGCGAUUCCAUGAGUUUCAGCACAAAAUUUCAGUCUAGAAACAUUUUUUGACAAAAAAAUAUCCCCUGACCUUUAACUUGGUCAGAAUUUUGCGCUGAAAACGCUGAAAGCCACGUCAUAAUUUCCAGGAAACCGCAAAAUACGUGGCUCUGUUGGAUAUCGACGAUGUUCUGAUUCCAAAACUCGCUCCAACUUAUCUCGAAGAAUUCCAAAUUCUCUACAACAAUCUGAAGGACAAAAAUAGUUAUCUAAACUAUGAAAAACAGAAUUUCAUUGGUGCAACUGUGAAUAAUUUCGACAAUUUUUCAUUUUCAAAAAUGCUUGGAUCGUUAGAAAGACAAAAUAGCAGUGAGACCGGAAAAAUCGUGACAGAUCCAAGGUUAAUGAAUUACACGUGGAUACAUUGGACUUAUCAGAACUUGAGAAAAGUGGAAGUGAAAGAAAAUCAGAUAACUCAUGUGAAACGACUAAAAUGGUUGGACAAUUUUCCAAGUCAAUCUAAUAGAUCUUUAAAAUUUCCGAUCAUUGAAAGAUCUGUGGAAAAAGAAAUUGAAAAAGACUGGAAGAUGAUGCGCGAGAAAAUACCCUCAGGUGUGCAGAAAAAUCUGCCAGCUGAGGAAUUCUACGCGAAAGUGAUUGGAGCGUGUUAUCAGGAGAAGUUCUACUCGCAUUUUUAUAUCGGAGCUCCGUCGGUUGGCUGUGUUGGUCCGCAUUUUUGUGAGUAUCCGCAGAGGGAGGAUUUGAAGUGUGUUCAUGUGGAUGCGAGUUAUGUGGAAGUGCCUAAGAUGGAACCAAUCUCAUAUUAUUUUGCUGUUCAGGCGAGGAUGAAUAUGACAUGGGGAUGUUAUCCGUGA